AUGGAUGCAUCGGCCUACCUUACCCAAAGACGAUCUCUUUGCUCCACAAGCCUACCCAAAGGUCGAAGCCUAUUGGGUUACCCAAAUGACCGCAGAAUGAUGCUGUGUUCAGCUGUGCUUGGAGGACUCGAGCGGCCGGAUCAUAUGUCGUCACAAACUUGGGAAAUAGCCGCUUCUGCACAGAGCCGCCAUGCCUGUCACACUCAACGCACGCGAGCGGAGGAGGAGGAGGGCGGGCGGACAAGAGUGACAAAGGAUAAGUCCAGACUGCUCGAUACCGCCGCUUCUCCGGAGACAUCAUUUACCAAUGGCAUCUGUACCAGGUGGCUACUUGAGCGAAGUUGA